UUAUGGACGCGAUGGAAGAAGAGCUCAAAUGCCCGGUUUGCGGUUCUCUCUUCAAGGAACCCAUUAUUUUACCGUGCUCUCACAAUGUUUGCCUGGCGUGUGCUCGAAAUAUCACGGUGCAGACCCCGGAGGGAGAGACCCCUCCGCAGAACCGAAGCUCCGGCACCUCGGACUAUGACUAUCUGGACAUGGACAAGAUGAGCAUGUACAGCGAGACGGACAGUGGCUACGGAUCUUACACGCCGUGCCUCAAGUCUCCCAACGGGGUGCGUGUGUUCCCGCCGGCGCUCAUGCACCGCCACUGCUCUAUCACCUGCCCGCUGUGCCACCGCAGCGUGUCCCUGGACGAGCGCGGGCUCCGGGGACUCCAGCGCAACCGGCUGCUCGAGGCGAUCGUGUCCCGCUACCAGCAGAGCCGCGCCGCCUCCGUCAAGUGCCAGCUGUGCGAUCGCAACCCGGUGGACGCCACGGUCAUGUGCGAGCAGUGCGACGUGUUUUACUGCUCCCCUUGCCAGCAGCGCUGCCACCCUUCCCGCGGACCGCUGGCCAAGCACCGGCUGCUGCCGCCGACCCAAGCGCAGGCGGGGAGCGCACAGACGCCCGGCGCCCCCGCGCGCAAACAGCCGACCUGCGUGGAUCACGAGGCGGAGAACUACAGCAUGUACUGCGCCAGCUGCAGAAGCCCAGUGUGCUAUCAGUGUCUGGAGGAGGGCAAACAUGGGAAACACGACGUGAAGCCGCUGGCCGCCAUGUGGAAACAGCACAAGUGUCAGCUGUCCCAGGCCUUGAACGGAGUGUCAGACAAAGCCAAGGAGGCCAAGGAGUUCCUGGUGCAACUCAAAAAUUUGCUCCAGCAGAUACAGGUAAACAACUCUUCAUCACACACAUCAUGA